AUGGCGUACAGAGAAGAUGCCCUCCCUACCCCCGAUGCCGUCCAUGAGCUCGUACACGAGGGCGGCGUCGAGGCCUUUGUGCAGCCCUGCGAGAGACGGGUGUUCAUCGCCAAUGACUUCAUAAGGCUGCUCGGCAAGCACCUCGCAUCCGAGAACCCGCACGCGGUGCUGGGAGACGCAUUGCUUCCCAGGCUCAUCGACUAUGAGCUACUGACAGGAGAGGACGGGAAGCGGACUGUUGGUUUCGGGUGGUUUGCCGGUGGCGCGUCUAUCCGUAAGACACUCCGGGACGUGGUCGGAGCGCAGAUCGCAAGUGACGGGACAUCCAAGAGCUUGGGGCCUUUGGUGAUUGGGAUCACUGGGACUGGGGACGUCGCGCAGGGCUGUCUGGACUUGCUGCAGGACCUUCCCAUUCACCAUAUCGGCGUAGACCAGUUGCGCAGCGUCGUGACAGAUCCCAACACGGACCUGCGCAAGUCCACGCGCUUUCCAAAGGCUACUUCCAAAGGCUACUUCUUGCGGAAGGACGGCCGCGCGUUCGACCACCCGGACUACUACGCCCACCCGGACCAAUAUGUAUCCGAGUUCUACGCGAAGGUCGCUCCGUACCUUUCCCUCCUCCUGCAUGGCGCACGGUGGGCUCCGGCGUACCCCCGCGUGAUGACGAACGAGCAGCUGACGACGACGCUCGAGAUCGCGCGGGCGCUGGGUGAGGGCCGGUUCGCCUGCGUAGGGGACAUCAGCUGUGAUGUCAACGGGCUUUGCGGCCGGUCGGACGUGCAGCUGUUUGUUGCGAGCAAUGUUCUGGCGGAUACCGAGCGGCUGAUUCCGCCGUACGCGAACGCGACACCUGUGGACAUGGGGAACUUGGAGGCG